CAUCACGAUUCCGGCACGCGCGGCCUAACCGAGCCCACCACGGAAGCCGAACCCUCUCUCCUCGUCGUCCCCAGCUCCGUCCGUCCACCCAUGUCGUCCUCGUCGUCGCUGAUCCAAGGCAUCUCCAUCUCGGUCUCCGACGACGACGAGGCCUCCGGGAAGGUGCGCGUCCGCGUGCGCCGCAAGCGCAACCGCCACCCGGUCUCGGCCCACCGCCGCUUCCUCCGCCGCGCCGCGCGGCUGGGCGGCCCGCUCCUCCUCGCCGCCCUCGCCGUCUCCCUAUUCGCCUAUGAGUACUACCGCCUCUCCCCGUUCUACUCGUCCUCCUCGCCCCCGCCGCCGCCUCCGGCGCAGGCCGCCGGCAACCUCAGCCGCGUCGACCGCGCCCGGAAGUCAUGCCUGAAGAUGCUCGAUACUGAGAUGCUUCAAAACCUGGAACUUCGUGAACCCCCUGAACAAAAUCUGCCAGUCAAGGAAGUUGUGUACAGGUCCAGUCUGCCCCAUCUUGAAGAUAACAUUUCAUCCCAUAUGACGAAUUCGCGAUUUAAUUCAUUCACGGGAUAUCAGACCCUUGCUGAAAGAGAAGAGAGUUUCAAGCCAAAGGAAACUACAGCGGUUCACUGUGGCUUCUACAGUGAAAAUGGAGGGUUCAGAGUUUCUGAUGUAGAUAAAGAUUACAUGAGAUCUUGCAGAGUUGUUGUGGCCACUUGUGCGUUUGGUGGAGGGGAUGACCUUCACCAGCCUAUAGGGAUGACAGAAGUAUCUGUCAAAAAGGUAUGCUAUGUUGCAUUCUGGGAUGAAGUCACUCUCUCAGCUCAACAUGAGGAAGGUAAGAAGAUUGGUGAAGAUCUCAGGAUUGGCCUUUGGAGGAUCAUUCUUGUGAGAGACCUUCCUUUCACAGAUCAACGGCUGAAUGGCAAAAUUCCCAAGCUGAUAAGCCAUCGCCUUUUUCCUAUGGCAAGAUACUCGAUUUGGGUGGAUUCGAAAUCCCAGUUCCGGAGAGAUCCACUAGGAGUCAUUGAGGCCCUUCUGUGGCGCUCAAACUCUUCCUUGGCAUUAUCGGAACAUGGAGCUCGGAGCAGCUUGUAUGACGAGGGUAACGCGAUUGUUAGGAAACACAAAGCAACCCCAGAAGAAGUUAAAAUACAGUUGGAUCAGUACCGACAAGAUGGCAUUCCAGAUGACAAACGAUUCAACAGGAAGAAAGCUCUGGCAGAAGCUUCGGCCAUUGUGAGGGAUCACGCCCCCUCGACGAACCUCUUCAUGUGCCUCUGGUUCAACGAGGUGGUGAGGUUCACGUCCCGGGAUCAGCUGAGCUUCCCCUACGUGCUGCGGCGCCUCAGGCUCCCCGGCGUCCACCUGUUCCCGGUGUGCGCCCGCAAGGAUCUGGUCAACAGCUUCGGCCAUCGGCGCAAGGUGAAGCCUCUCGCGAAGGAGGGAAGAUGAGCUUCUGAAUCUAGUGCCCUGUAGAUGAUGCUGGCGUAGAAACAGCAGUUGUUCAGGGUCCAUAGCCAGUACCAGUGCAGCGGUACACAGAGAAGCGAAAUGUCUUGAGCAAUGUUGUUCAGGGAAAGGUGGCUUGCAGAAUCGUCGUUUCAAGUAGAGGUCAUUAAAAAUCCUGUUGGCUGCAUCGUCUUUUCUUGAACUCGUACAUCUGGAAACUAAACCGCUUCUCAUGAACUCGA